CAAUCAGGUGGGAUCAACCAUGGUCUUUCUGCCUUCAUCCCAUCUCUCAUCUGCAGUCUCCAUCCCCAGCGGUUUGCUGAUCCGGAAUAAGCACUGUCGUCUACAUCAAGCCCUCACGGCUGUGCGACUGUGUCUGAGACGGCCGACGAGAUCAUCCCCUGAAUCCCUUCGGAUGGCGUGAUAGUACAUAUAUCCUGACUGCCUCCUAUCUCAUCGUUGUAUACCUCUUCCCAAAUACUCAUUAGCCCAACUAAUCACCCCCGCAACCAAGAACGUCCCAAAGACAGAGGCAAAGAGGAAAGCAAGAAGAAAUGCCCGUCUCCCCCCGCGCUUCUAAAGAAGAAUUCAUGGCGGCCCUAGGCCUCUCGACUCAUAACCCCCAACACGAGCAAUACUACCGCGCAAUGCGAGACGAGGCAAUAUCCACCUACAACCACCUCAAUGAAGACCCCUCCAACCUCCUCGAAAGCAUUCUCCUCGAACAACCCACCACCAAACCCCCAUACUUCUGGCACCAUAUCCGUCCGGAUCGCCAACGCUGGGCCAUCACGGAGAUUGCGCACAAUGCGGGGCCGCUGACCCGGCAAUUGUUUGCGAGGGGUCAGACCACUGGCGAGUAUGCGCCGAAUUGGGUCGCCGGGUGGUUGCUGUAUAGUGUGUUUCGAUCUCGGGAUGUUAGGAAUAAUCGGAAUCGAAGGAGGGGAGGGAAUUGUGUGAGUGGGAAUGGCAAUGGAAAUAUGAAUGGGACGGGGUUGGGGGUGGGAGUUGCGGAGGAGGGGUCCAAGUCGCCGCAGACGUCGCCGUCGUCGAGACAAGGAGAUGAUACUGUCAAUGCGACUGCUGGUAGUAGUGGGAAGAAGGAGUAUUAUGAUCCGGUUCGGAAUGGAUGACGCUGACUGAAUGUGGUGUGUGUCAGUGAUGAGGCCGUGGUG